AUGUCAUCAAUUUGUUCAACAGUUUUAAAUCAAUCAGAAAUAAUACAUUCAAAUAAAAGAAAAACUAGCGAAGACCCAAAUAUUACUAAAAGAACUAUUGCUUUAGAAGUAUGUGAUGUUUUAAUAACUCAAGCAAAAGGUCGUUUUAGUUUUAAUGAACAUCUUACUACAGCGUUGCUUUUUCAAAACGAAUAUUACCCAAAAUUUAACGAAAAAUUCCCAACUGAUUAUUUUCAAAAAACUAUAAAUUGCUAUCCUUUCUUUACAAAAGAACGUUUAAAAACUGAACUUGAGGUUAUUUAUAGCCGUGAUGAUUUUCGCUUAUUAAAAGGAAUUAUUCCUACUAUUGACUAUAUAAUAUCAAAUAAUAUGAACGAUUUAUUUAAGGAAGUACUUAUAUUACUUAAACUAUAA